AUGACUUUGAGAUCCCGUAAAUAAAUGAUCAUUGAAAAAAAAUAUUUCCAGUAUUACAUUUGUCUUUUAAAAUAGUGCAACUUUGUUUUCAGAAGUUUUUUUGUACAACAAAAAAUAACGAAGAUAUUUAAAUGAUCCCAUUUAGUUGGUUUACCCUGCUAGGUAAAGUGAUCUACACAACAGCGAGAUUGUUGUGAAAAAAUGUUUAUUAUAACUCAAUUAACAAUAGAUAUCAUAUAUUGAUAUAUGAUAUAAUAGAUAUAUAUUUUGGUUGUAAGUUAGAGUUUUCAAGCCGCUGCGGGAUAAUCGGCAUCGCUUGCGUAAAAUAGUUAUUUUUUGAACAAAUAUAUUUCAAACACUAUAAACUGAGUAAAAAAUUUUGUGAAAAUUACUUUUGUUUUAUAAUAUGUAUGGAAUUUUCCUAGGAAUUGUUUAUUUACAUUUGUAAAGUAUUUAUGAUACAAAGAGAAGAAUAACUGCAUUAAGUAUAAGACAAAUGCCGAAUGCCGAUAUACGAUUCAAGAUUCAAAAACUGUUAAUUUUUUAUAAAUAUAUUGGAAAUAGAAUCUGACAUUUUUGUAAAAGAAAAAAGUUGUUCCAAAUGUUGAUUUCUAUAACAUAUUCAAAAAUCAUUGAGAAAUAUGCAUAUGAGAAAAACCGACAGUUUUUUACAUAUAUUCUGGUAAUUAAAAAAGUCCAACUUUUUUGUAAGAGAACAAAUUUGUUGCAAAUGUCAACUUUUACAAUAUAUUCAAAAAUUAUCGAAAUCAGUGAAGGAGGUUUUGCACAAAAAAAAAUUGUAUCAUUGUAGACUUUUAGAAUAAAUACAAUAAUUAUUUAAAAAUAUAGAUAACAACAAAGACAUACCUUUUGAAAUUCUACUGUUUGUAUUUCCUUUAUAUCGAUAAGUGACGCUUUCUGUCGCAAGAUAGGGUUACCAACUUGACAAAUGAAAUCGUAAGGAGGUUUUGCAGUUUCGAUUGUUUUGUUGAAAUACAUUGAAUAAAGUUUUUUUAUGCUUCGAAAACUAAUAAAACGAGCAUUACUCUUCUGUAUGAUCUUUGCACAUCCACCAAAUAAAUUGGAAUAUUUAAACAUUAUAACGAUUACUGUUUUUACGGUAUUUUCAAAAUAUCUCAGGAUAGAUAAGAGGUUAUGCUUCUACUACGAUUGUAGAUAUGUUGGUACUGUUUUACUUCUACAACGAUUGUAAUAUGUUGGUACUAUUUUGCUCGUAAAUAUUUCGCAAUCUGUAUUAGCGCGAAAAUAUAAUAUUAAUUCCCGUUAGAUAUGCAAAUGCCUCUGUUGCGUUAUUCUUAAGAAUUAUGAAAAUAUAUUGAGAUAAAAAAAAAUUGGAUGCACUUAUAUGAUAUACCUAUUACAUAAACUUAUUUAUAUACAAUUAUAUUGAUCGCGUUUUUCAAAUAAAAUUAUAAAAUAUUUAAAAAUAUUUCUUAUGUGCUAAGUAUCAUUUUUUGACUUUAAUAUUUAUAUUAUUAAUUAUUAUUUAUUAUUAUUUUAUAAAUUUUAUUUUAUAUUGAUAUUUCUCAUAUGUAUAUACUUAAUAAGUGAUAUACAUGCAACAUAACAAUAUGAUAUGUCUUUAAAUUAAUAGAUAUGUUAAGAAAUAUAUUGAUGUAACUUGUAUUUUACAUUUUUACGCUUAUUAUAUGACAUCUCAACGGAUGAUGUAUAUUACUUCAUUACGCAUGACGCAACAAAAAAGAAUAUCAACUAAUUUGAAGAUAUUUCAUAACCUAUAUAAUUAAAUAUCUUUUAAUAUACCAAAUAUGUCUGUAUCAUAAUACUUUACAUUGUACUAUCUUUGUAUUUUAUUAUUAAUUUAUAUAAAGUAAAUAAUUAUAAAAAUAAGUAAUUAUAUAAAAUAAAAUAGUCAACUAUAAAAUAAAUAAAAUAAAUAGCCAAAAUGGUAAUCAUUUAUUUAUUUAUAAUUAUGCAAUAGAAUGUCGGAUUAAUAUGUGUAUAUUUUCUUUUAGAUAAAAAAUGGUACAUUGAAACUAAAUUGCUUAAAUGGUAAUUCAUUUAAUAUCUUCAGGUAUUUAUCAACACAAGCUUUAGACACAGGUAAGGACAAGGGUUUAAAAUUUAACAAUCAAACUCCAAAACCUGUUAUAUUACCACCUGAAACAACGCCAUCAACACCAUAUCCAAACCCUAUAGUAGAAAUACCAGGUUUCAAAAACAAAUAUAUUUUAAGUCCUAUUGUUGAACCUACACUUCCUCAAUCACAACCUCAAUCUGAACCUCACUCAGAUCCUAAAUCACCUAUUGAAAUUCCAAUACCUAAUAAAAAUACAAUUACAGGCAACAAAAUACAAGCCAUUACACAAGAUGAUGUCUUGUUUAAAGACAUAGGGGACAAAGGUAUUAUUAUAUUAAAUCGCCCUAAAGCACUGAACGCCCUAAAUUUGUCAAUGGUUGAAAAAAUAUAUCCAAUACUUAAGAAAUGGGAAUCAUCUAAAAGAUUAGUAAUAAUAGAAGGUGCAGGAGAAAAAGCAUUUUGUGCAGGUGGUGAUGUAAAAUCUAUUGUUAAUACAUUAAAAGAAACUGAAAAUAAAAUCUUAGGUGAAACAUUUUUCAGAAAGGAAUAUAGUUUAAAUUACCUCAUUGGUACAUGUAAAAUACCAUAUGUGGCUAUAAUAAAUGGAAUAACUAUGGGAGGUGGUGUUGGAUUAUCUGUUCAUGGUAAAUAUCGGAUUGCAACAGAAAAAACAUUGUUUGCAAUGCCAGAAACAGCAAUUGGAUUAUUUCCUGAUGUUGGUGGAACUUAUUUUUUACCUAGAUUGAAGGGUAAAUUGGGUCUUUACCUCGGAUUAACUGGAGAUCGUUUAAAAGGCAUUGAUGUACUACUUGCUGGUAUUGCAACACAUUUUGUUACUUCUGAAAAGUUACCAAAUUUAAAGCAAGAUUUACUAAUGACUGAACAAUCUAAUGUUGCGGAAAUCUUAAACAAAUAUCAAUCUGCAACGUGGAAUGAAGAAUUCUGUUUAGCACCAUAUAUGAAUAAAAUUAAUACAUAUUUUUCUUCAUUAUCUGUAGAAGAAAUAAUAGAGAGCCUAAAAAAGGAUAAUUCAGAAUGGGCAAAAAAAACAUUGAAAAUGUUAUUAAAAGCAUCUCCCACUUCUCUAAAAGUUACUAUGUUCGCCAUUCAAAAAGGAAGUACAUUAAAUUUAGCAGACUGUUUAAAAAUGGAAUAUAGAUUAGCAUGUGCUGCUUUAAGCAAAACAAGCGAUUUUUGUGAAGGUGUAAGAGCUCUUUUAAUUGAUAAAGAUCAAAAACCAAUAUGGAAUCCUAACAGUCUAGAAGAAGUAACAGAUACUUAUGUAAAUCAACAGUUUACAAAACUUUUAGAAGAAAAAGAAUUGCAACUUUAAAGUUAAUUACAAUAUUAAGAAAAUAAUGCAACAAAUGAAGAUUAUAUACAAUAUAAAACAACAUACCUUCUUUACAAAAAAUAAUGAACAAAAUAUAAGUAUAACUACGUAUAACUACCAUGUUAAGACAUUAAAAUUUUAUUUCUAGAUUCUUUUUUACUUUAUUUUAAACAAGUUUAUACAAACAUUUAUAUAAUUUUUAUGUAAUUGAGGAAGAGUCAUGAUAUUUUACAAGACAUUAAUAAUAUCUCAGAAAAUU